UCGUCGUUGACGUUUUUCGAUUCGGUAUUGUGAGGUUAUACAAGCAAAAAGUUUAUUUUUUUAGUAGUUGUUAUGAAAGGCUUCAAUUUGUGUUUUUAAUUAUUUGAUUUAUGUGAACUACGUUCCUUCGUCCUUAUUGCGUUGUUUAUUUGAAAACAAAAAUGGUGAUAGCAAACUGGACUGACGUAUAGCUACCCGUAGAACUUAUACAUCGAACAUGGCAACACCACUUUGUAAAAUAACUGUUAUGAAAUUAUAUGAGGACGUGAUCGACGACGUGAUAAAGGGCGUCCAAGAGCUAUUCUUGGAAGAUGGAGUCGACGAGCACGUUCUCCAGGAGUUGAAGCAAACCUGGAAAAAUAAGUUGGUUGCAACCAAAGCGGUGCAUAACAAGUCUACCGACGUCAAAGACGCUUUAGUUAGACAAGCCGAUCCAGUUCUUCCGCAGUUUGUUAAGCACGAGGGGAAGCCGCUCGCUCAAAACAAUAACAAUCAGGUUCCUCAGGUGGUCUCAAAUACUUUAGUUCCAAUUCAAAUCACGUUACCCGCACAGCCCGGAUGCAACACGGGCCAGCAAAUUACGAUACAAGUGCCCGUCUCGUCCUUGCAGGGUAAUCAGUUACAAAAGGUGCUCACCGGCCCCCUCAUCGCCGCCACGAUGAGUCUGCCUCCUCACAUAGCGACUUCCGUUCUCCAGCAACACGUCACUGCGGGCCUAAAAAGUUUAGAACAAUGCAAUACCAUACCAAAUCCGGUUCUUCAGACUGACGGCGCCUCGGACGAGGGGACGUCGCGACUGCAGCUCGACGGCCACGACGACACCUCGGACGACGAGGUGUCGGACGAAUCGGUCGAUUUGGACGACGAUAAGGACGAGGACGAGGAGGACAUCGCCGAUGGCGGCGGAGGCGAAGACGAUCCUUUGAACUCGGACGAUGAUAUCAGCGAGGAGGAUCCGACCGAGGUUGUCGACACGGACAACGUGAUCGUUUGCCAGUUUGAUAAAAUCACCAGGGCGCGUAAUAAAUGGAAGUUCCAUCUGAAGGACGGAAUUAUGAACAUCAACGGGGAAGAUUACGUCUUUCAGAAAGCUACGGGUGACGCCGAGUGGUAACUUUUCAGGUCGAAAACCGAGGGCAGAAUGCAAUCUUUGUUUAUAUUAACAAUUGGCAGUUUUUUUUAAUUUUACGUGUUAGUUCAUCCCUGAGACAGUUGCUGUGAUACACAACUUCAAUCCUUACUCUGGAGGUUUUAAACAAUGAUUUUACUGUUGAAUAUUUUUUUUGUACUUUUUGCGUAGUUGUAACUACCAUUAUUUUCGUAGACUGUUGGAUUUACAUAACUGGUACAGUUAAGAUAGAUAUGCACAUACGUGUACAGUAUUUUUUGAUAUGAGUAGUUUUAAGAAAUGAUAGUUAUGUAAUAUGAUAGGUAAAUAAACUUAUUUUCAAAAAGA